AUGACGCGAAUUGCUGUCUAUGGCACUGCUCUGGUGACCUUUACUGCUGCGACGGCCAUGACGAUCGCCGCCAACCUGGUCCCCCGCUGGGUCGUCUAUGCCGUCCCGCCGACCCCUGGCAGCGGCGCCCAACCCUUUUGGCAGACCCUCGGCCUACACCGGUCGUGCUCGUCCGAGGCCGUGCCGUCGUGCCGGCCGUUUCCGCAGACGUCACGUGACUGCAGCGCCGGCGCCGGCCAGCAAUAUUUCUGCAGCGUAUGGCGCAGCGUGGGCUUCAUGAUGGCGCUGGCACUCGUGGUCGAGCUCGCGGCGCUCGUCGGCUUCGUCGUCGUCAUGGCCGGCGGUCGGCUCAAGCGCGAGAGCGGCUGGCGCGUGCUCGGACUGCUGCUCGCCGCCGCCGCGCUGCUGCACGUCUUUGCUGGCGCUACCGUCGCCUUUCUGCGCGACCGCGACGACCGUUUUCUCGUGCCUGGCUGGCGUCUCGACAUCUCUUGGAUCUUCUGCAUCGCCAGCGCCACCAUCGCCUUCCUCUGCGCCGCCGGCCUCGCCCUCUCCGCCCUCGUGCUCCCGCCCGAGGACGGCUACGAGUUCUUGCGCGAUCCCGUUGAGUCGUGA